AUGCAAACAAUCAGUUUCUUAGGCUUUCGUGUUUCUGCAGCAGGAGUCCAACCAGAUCCGGCUAAGAUCGAGGCGAUUCAGCGGUGGCCGCUACCGCUGUACACGCGGACGGACGCUCAGAAGUUCCUCGGGCUCGCCUCAUACUUUCGCAAUUUUAUUCCGGGGUUCGCUUGCAUUGCUGCCCCUCUAACUGACUUCCUCAAGAAGGAGAAGCAGUUUAUUUGGACGGAGAACGAGGAUGAAGCCGCCCGACGCCUCAUCGGGCACCUGACAUCAUCCCCAGUACUCGCGCUCCCUGAUUUUGAUAAACCCUUUUUCCUUACGACCGAUGCCAGUGACACCGCUGUCGGGGUUAUGCUCUCUCAGCAGGCUCUUGGUUCGAAAAAGCAUCAGAUAAUCGCUUGCUACUCGCACCGCUUCACAGAGAGGGAGAAAAAGUAUCCGGUCAGGGAAAAGGAGCUUUACGAGGUCUGGUAG